UGUGAGGUGACUGACAACACACUCCGUUUUUUUCUCUUUCUGUCUCUGUGUGUUUACUUAGGACGUUACCUGAGGACAAAGGGUGCCUGAGAGACCUGUUUUGAUCCUUUUCAGGGAGUUCUGCGUGAUUAAUUAGGGAGCGAGACGCAAUGGCGUCGCUCCUGAUGCGUUUAUUUCGUGUGGGUGCAGACAAGAAGAAGAUUCAGCACUAUGAGCACCUGCAAAGGGAUGUGGACCCGCGCCAGAGCUGGGACACACUCGGAGAACUCGGGGAUGGAGCAUUUGGGAAAGUUUAUAAGGUUCAAAACAAUGAAAGUGGUGUGUUAGCAGCAGCUAAAGUUAUUGGUGUUCACGGUGAGGAUCAGCUGCAGGAUUACAUCACUGAAAUCAAUAUCCUGGCAACCUGUCGCCAUGGCAACAUCAUCUCACUGUUGGAUGCCAUCUACUGUGAAGGAUGGUUAUGGAUCAUCAUUGAGUUUUGUCCUGGUGGAGCGCUGGAUGACAUCAUGUUAGAGCUGGAGCAUGGCCUCUCAGAGCAGCAGAUCAGUGAGGUGUGUUUCCAGACACUGCAGGCUCUGUGUUACCUUCAUCAGCACCACAUCAUCCACCGAGACCUGAAGGCAGGAAACAUUCUGCUCACCAUAGAGGGCCACAUCAAACUUGCCGACUUUGGCGUGUCAGCAAAAAAUGACAACACCCUCCAGAGGCGAUCGACUUUCAUCGGGACUCCAUAUUGGAUGGCACCGGAGGUGAUCAUGUGUGAGACAUCAAAGGAGAAUGCAUACUCAUGUAAAUCUGAUAUCUGGUCUCUGGGCAUCACACUGAUCGAGGCAGCUGAGAUGGAGCCUCCACACCACAAUCUGAACCCCAUGAGAGUGCUGCUGAAGAUCACCAAGUCUGCUCCACCCACACUGACCAACAGUCGAAUAUGGUCAAACCAUUUUCAGGAUUUCCUGAAGAGGGUGCUACAGAAAAACCCUGAGGCACGAUGGGGAGCACAGCAACUACUCACCCACCCAUUCUCAUACGCUGGCCGGAACGGACAAACCCUCAAAGAACUUAUUGCUGAGGCUAAAGCAGAGGUCACUGAGGUCAUAGAGGCCGAGUCUCUCUCAGAUCUGCAUUCCUCUGUGGAUGAACCACCAACCAUCCCCGAGACACCAGCAAUGCAGGAUUCAGCAAAAGAUGAGCCAGAAAUCCCUCUGACGCCCUCAUGUGAAGAACCGCCUGAGAUUCUUACUAAUCCUGAGCCAAACAAAGUCCCCAAAGUGACGCGUCGGGCAUCUGGUGCCCUAGAUAAGGCACAGAAGAGAGGCAGGCGUCUGUCUGUUCCUGUAAAUUUCCUGUCUUUCCUGACUCGCCGUAAAUCUGGAAUCUGGAAUGAUGAUAUGAGAAACCAAGGGACUCAGGAGCAACAAGAAGUCAUUGUCAACCAGAGUGAAGGAGAAUCCGAGACCAGUCCACAAGAGACAGAGGACAAAGGUACAGAAAAUGAAGAGAAACAUGAAGCGGUGAAAGAUGGAUCUGAUCAGAGCUCGGAUAUACCUGAUGGAAAAACAGAAGAGAAACCAAUUCCAGAGAAUGACAUGGAGUGCAAGGACAUCGAUGCAAACAGUCACAAAGAUGAAGAAAUGCAACAGAAAGAGGAUUUAUCUGAACAGGAAACACUACAGGACACAGAGGUUAAAGACAGUCCGAACGCUGAUCAAUCUAAAGAUGAGCAAACGUUUUGGAGAUGCCUGAGUGGACCGGUAGAAAAAGAAGAUCAGCUUGGAGUAGCUGAUUUGCAAAAUGUUCUGAUUGACACGUUGUGUUUGGAAACUGGACACUUAAACAGGAAAAGUGAAACUAAAGAGAGAUGUUUAUAUGAUUAUCUGGAUUUGGCUGGACAUGAGACAGCUUCGAAAGUCUCGUCAACAGUGGAGUUAAUCAGAAAGCCGGUUGUGGAAGUGUGUAUUCCUGAUUCUGUGGAAAAGACAAGCGAGGAACGGACAGGGGGCGUAAUGCAGGAGGAUUCAAGAGAGGAUGGAGGAGAACAAGUUGAUCCUAAAGAGGAGGAGGAGGAGGAGGAGGAACAAAAGAUACUUGAGGAUGGAAGUAAACAUGAAGAGGAGGCGGAUGUUAGGAAAGACAUAACAGAAGACUCAGACACAGUAAAAGACCAAGAUUUUGAGAAUGCUGAACAAACAGAGCUAAGAGCUGAUUUAACUAGUGAAGAAACAGCACAAACCCAAAACCAACAAGAAGCUGAACUGAAGGAAGAAACUGAGCGAGAUGAGCCAUCUGAAGCAGAAUUGAAGAAAGAAGAAACACCAGCAGAGAAGGAGUCCAGGCAUGAGGCAAGUCCUGAGGAGAUCCACAGUUCAGAAAACAGAGAUGCGAAUGAAGAUGUAACAACUGGCCAAUCAGAUGAACUGAGGAAAGAGGCUGGUUCUCAGAAUGACCCACUUAUAAAUGACACAGCAGAAACAUCAGAGCUUCAGACUGACAGUCCAGCAUGUAGUGAGACACAGAGCGAGGACGUGGGCUCAGAAAAGUCCAAAGGUGUUUCUUUAGACAAAAAAGUUCCCCAAACCACUAAGCAGGUUAGCUUUGCGCAUGCGAAUGAGCUAGUGGAAUCGACUGAAAAAUCACACAGCGUCUUGAACGGCAACUCAAAUGCAGAAGCACCUCACACAGAAUCGAAUGGGUCACUACAUCAUAACAUUAAUCAACACAACGACGAGUCAGGGCUUUCAACAAAAAAUGAACUGAAUUUACCCGUGGGUCGAAAAACGGUGAAGAAAACACGAAAAUUUACGGUGGACGGGCGUGAGGUGAGCGUCACCACAUCGAAAGUGAUCAGCGAGAGAAAUGAGAAAGAACAGCAGAUGCGCUCAAUCAGGCGGCAGGAGUUGCACGCUCUGAAGCUGCUACAGCGAGAGGAGCAGCGAGAGUUCACACAGCUGGAACAGAAACUGCAGCAACAGAGAGAGAUGAUGUUCCGCCAUAUUGAACAGGAAAUGAGUAGUAAGAAGCAGUACUACGAUGGUGAACUGCAGCGUCUGGAGAAACAGUAUGAACAGCAAAGCCAAAAGAUGGAGACCGAGCACACAGCACGUCUCCGAGAAGAAGCACGACGUCUCAAAUCCCAGCAAGAGAAAGAGCUCCGAGGUCUUAAAAUGGACCCUAAAGAGGAGCAGCGUUUCCUGCAGAAGCAGCAGCAGGAGCUAAAUGAAGCGCUGCAGAAAGCUGUACAGGAACACAAGAGGAAGGUGGCUUCCAUGGAGUGGGACAUCACUGUCAAAUCUCAGCAGCUCAAGAGAGCACGUGAGUCGGUGAUCUGGGAACUGGAACAGCGCCACCUACAGGAGAAAUAUCAUUUAUUUAAGCAGCAGGUGAAGGAGCAGUACUCUCUACAGAGGCAGCAGCUCAGCCGGAGACACAGCAAGGAUGUGGAGCGUGUAUCCCGAUUCCAGCAGGGCCUAAUAGAAGAGCAGAAGUCGUUUCAGGCUCAGGAAAGAGCUCAACUCCAAAGGGCCCAGCGUUCCGAGGUUAAAGGUCACGUAAACCGGUUUCGGCAAGAUCUCAGGAAGCAGGGGUUGAGUGGGACCGAGCAGAGACAGAAACUCACACAGUUUAUGUCUGAGGAGGAGAGCAGGCAGAAGCAGGAGUUCAAAACUCUGCAGGAGAAUCAGGAGAUCCAGUUAAAGGAACUGCAAGAUCAGUGUGACUGCAACAUCACUGAGCUCCAUCAGCUACAGAAUGAGAAACUGCAGGUUCUGGUGGAGAUGGAGAAGAAGAAGAUCAAAAGGUUGGAAGAUGAGCACACACUCGAGCUGAAUGAAUGGAGAGAUAAACUGGCCUGCAGGAAAGAGGCACUGGAAGAAGACCUGGCUCGUAAAAAGAGAGAAUGUGAAAGAACAAGAAGACGAAGUGAAACAGAAGCCCGAUACACUCGCCGUCCCAGAUUCUUCCAAAACAUCAGUUUUAACUGACCAACUCAGACUCAGUGUCCAUGUGUUUAUAAGUUUGUGUUUAUGUGUUUUUGUAUAUAUGAUUUAAGUGCACUCAGAUCACCUGGAACUGUGGUCUCUUCUGACAAGAACACUGAGCUGCAUUUCUCCAUUACUGUCACGGAAGCCAGUGUGAAGUGGGAGUGAGAGAUAUGAGCAAAAUUAAUUCCAAAAUACAUGACAAUACUCAUA